UGGCAUUUCUGGUCUAUUUGGUUACGAUGGAAUAUCAAUUCCACCAUAGUUUAGGUUCGAACGCCGUUGCCAAAAAAUAGAUACUUGUUUCUUAUUCACGUAGUAUUUUAAUACUUAGUCAAACACGAUAGCAUGAACCCAAAAUUUUUGACAAUUGUUUCUCAACAAGAGAGAUUUUGAUUUUAGCAGAAAAGCAAUGGCAAGUGCGUUGGGUAGCAGAGUUGAAUCUGUUCGAAACUCUCACUUACUAAGCUUUUCGCUCAACUCCAUUAGAUCCUUGAGUUCUUCUUCUUCAUCCGCCGUUUCUUCUGCUCAGAACCCUAAGACUAAGAAAUCGAAGCGAAGAAAGAAGAACUUGUUCGAUGUGGCUCAGUUCUUACCUAACUGGGGAAUCGGCUACCACAUGGCCAAGACUCACUGGAAUGAAGUUUCUUACGAAAUCACUAAAAUCAAUCUCUACAAGGAUGGAAGACAUGGAAAAGCAUGGGGGGUUGCUUUUAAAAAUGGCUUGCCAUUAGCAGAUGCUCCAAAAAAAAUUAGUGGAGUUCACAAGCGCUGUUGGAGAUACCUACCAAAUGUAGUAAAAGAAUUAGAAAGUUCAACAAACUUAAUGAGUUCCGCAGACAGUGACUUUGGGUUUUUAGGUCAUCGACAUUAGCCCGUCCAUGUCUUUUCAAUUUGGCUUAGUUGUUUUCGAUAAUGGUAUCGUUUCUUAGUAGAUCAUGUAAUAUUCCUUACGCAUUCAUGCAAGGUGCUUAAUUAAGUUUCUUUCUUUUUGAUUUUUAAUUAGAUAAAUGAACUCUCGACCAUGCAACGUGCUUUGAGGGAAUAAUCUGGGUGGAUUUGGUUCUUACUUUCUUUGUGUUUGUCUUUGGCCUAUUUUAUAUCCAUCCUAGUAAAUAACUAAAACUAUAUAUUUAACAGGUUAGUUAUUAGUUGGUGUUUUGAUUGUAG